UCAAUCUUUUGUGAUCUUGCUCGGUUCGCGAAUUCGUAUGUCAAGGCACAUUAUGCCGGUAGUUGUCCUAAACGAAUGCACAGAUAGUUUGUAGUUGCAGGUCGUACCACCUUUGUGCUAUGAAGCCCUUUCCUCUCCCCUGUUGUCUUUCGCGCUGGUAGAUUUGAGUGCGAGUUCUCACUGUAGUUAGUUUGGUAGUUGAGAAUUUCACAAUUACCAUAGUUGAAAUGUAACUUCUGCAAUCAAGAAUUUCACCUUCUAUGUACACGAAGUAAUUCAUUAGUCUCUGCAGUCAUAGUGAAUUCUGGACAGUGUCUGCACUUUGAGAAUACGGCAGUAGUGACGUGCUUCUUCCCUGAAAUGUCUUCGUCGCUGAGGCCUCCUCGGAUUGGAAAGCAUGUCGAUCUGCCAACUCACCAGCGCCGUGCCAGGCACUUGCGGAACUUCAACAUCAGGCGUCUGUACGUGAAGGACAUGACUGGUCUACUUUCGUCCUACUUCACCCUGCACGAUGCACGGCCACCUAAUGCCGAACUCUACCGAAGUGAGAUCGUCCACGACUCACUGAACCCUUCAUGGAAGAGCUUUGAUCUGAACUUGGUGGAGGAUAUCGCCAUGCCUUCCUUUAGCACUAUUGUAGUACGGGUGUGGGUCAGCAAUUACAGAGCACAAGUAAGAAGAAAGUCCACGCCGGCAGAGUCAUUCAAGCUAGCCAUUGAGUGGACGGUUGAUCUCCUGGCCCUCGUCUAUGCGUGUGAUCAUCUGUUUCGCCUAGGGGAUGUCAAGGACCCGAAUGUACGGAGGAAGGAUCCCAACCUUCUUUUGUUCGGCAUGUUUGAUGGAUACUACAUUGCUCCGGCGGACGAGAGACUAUCACAGAAGGCACUGGCAGCUACACUGACCAUACCUACGCUCACCGUUGAUAAAGAAUCGGUUCGGGAGAGCUACAGCUAUCAUCAGAUUUCACAUUUGAAUACUAUUCAUCGGCGUCUCGCCACCAAGCAGUACAAAGCACGCCAGGCCUACUGUGCUCUCAAUCAACGCGGCCAAGAGAUGGCCGAGCGGCAGAACUUUGCCGCGCAGUGUGAGUCUAGUUCUUCUCGUAUUGACGUGCUGAAGCAGGAGCUGCAACGUCAGAAACAAUGUCUACUAGAUGAGCAACAACAGGCGGAGAGCAAAAAGGAGAAACUGAAAGAAAGAGCCUGUGACCUGGCAGAGCGGAAAGAGCAACUGACUAGCUCUGAGCGUGAUCGCCAAGAGACACUACAACACUUACAAAGCCGAAGAGAUGUACUGUACCGCACGGGGACAGCGCUACAAGCUCGCCGCUGUAUCAUGCUGAAGCAGCUCAGCAUUAUCUUUCCCAUCGUGGAGCAAGCACGGAAUGUCUUUUGCAUCCUUGGCGUUCCGGUACCACACGCCGAAGCUCUGUCAAGUCAGCGGGAUGAAGUCAUCGGCGUUGGUUUUGGUUACGCAGCACACCUCUUACACAUGAUGGCGUUAAUACUGAACUUGCCGCUCCGCUACCCUAUCAUAUACCGUGGCUCUACAUCAGUCAUUCGGGACAGUAUCAGCGAUGCUUCAUCUUUGGCUGCCAGCAAAGGAGAGUGUAAUUUGUAUCCGCAGACACGUGCCAGCAAGGACACUGUAUUCCAGUACGGUUUGUUCUUACUCAACAAAAACAUCUCACAGAUCCGUUUCUACUGUGACCUCGGUACUGCGGACGGCCGACUAACGGUCAAGAACAUCAAGAGUUUGCUGGACAGAUUCGCUGUCAUCGGAGAACGUCUCAGUGAGCAGAUUAUUCGCCCACUGCUGCCAGUCGUACGGGACGACAACACCGUCGAUGGGCUACCAUUUCCAACUCGCUCCCUUCCCAUGAUUCCGUCGUUUGAAGGGCCGUCAGGAUCGCCUAUCAGCCUUCUCGCCAUGUCCCGGCUCACCCCUCGAGGACCAGACACAUAUAGGACGCCACCAGCGUCUCCAGCAGCCACAUCAGCACAAGCAUCGAACACCGCUACGCCUGUAGCAACGACGGCCACCGAAUCUACUGGUAACGAGGAUGACAAAACUCCCCGUUCUCUUGGUCAUCGGCGGCAGCACAGCGCACCGAUUUCACCAAUGUCAGUGCUUGUUUCGGCCGAUGAUGUUUCUCAUUGUCUCAGUGCAAACUGCAGUCCAACCAUACAGUCGCGUGUCCGUCAUAUAUCCACCGGGGGCAAGUCUAUUCCAGCACCUGCGUUGAAGUCUUGACACUGGCCUCUGUCGGUGUGACCGCCUUCGUCCGAGCUAUGGUCUCAAUAGUGUGUGCUGUGCGUGUGCUGUGCGCGUGCUGUGCAUGUGCUGUGCUGCCACCGUGCACACCCUACAAGUGUAUCGUCUUCGCACGCCCAUCUCACGUUCUACUGCCUCACCUUACAAAGGCUCCUGGUCGCAACGUCUUUGUGUCACUCGUUUAGAUCUAUUUCUUUAUUUUUUUAGCAGAAGCUUUUUUUAUUUAGCUCUUCAGCAACAGUCGUGCUGGUCACGAUGGUUUAGUGUUGUGAGAAUCCGUAUGAACUGAUUGGGGAUAUGAUUUGUGUGCUGGUCAUUGGAAGUUGUGAGUUACAAUUCUAAAAGAAUUUUUCUACACCUGCCUGCCUGCCUUGACCUCGAGAGCAGCGCAUUUGAAACUGUACUUUAAUAAAACACCUGCGUUUCCUCGGAAUGAAUGCUACGGUCACUUUGUA